AGAGGCCUAAUAACCAGAAACGUCUCGGGCUGCGAGCAGAAGGUUCCUACCGCUUUAGAGUUGACAUGGGCCGGAGGAGAGCGCCGGGGAGCGGGAGCGGGUCUCUGGGCCGGGUACUUCUCCGGCAUCAGACUCAGCGAAGCCGCAGCCACCGCCAUACUGACUCCUGGUUGCACACGAGUGAACUCAAUGAUGGCUAUGACUGGGGUCGUCUUAAUCUCCAGUCAGUGACGGAACAGAGCUCCCUUGAUGACUUUCUUGCAACUGCAGAACUUGCAGGGACUGAGUUUGUAGCUGAGAAGCUUAAUAUCAAGUUCGUGCUCCCUGAAGCUAGAACUGGACUGCUGUCUUUUGAGGAGAGCCAGAGAAUUAAAAAACUCCAGGAGGAAAACAGACAGUUCUUGUGUAUACCGAGGAGACCCAAUUGGGACAGAAAAACUAGCCCAGAAGAACUGAAACAGGCAGAAAAGGAUAACUUCCUGAAAUGGAGACGCCAGCUUGUCCGGCUAGAAGAGGAACAGAAGUUGAUAUUGACUCCCUUUGAACGAAACUUGGACUUUUGGCGCCAACUCUGGAGGGUCAUUGAGAGAAGUGACAUUGUGGUCCAGAUAGUGGAUGCUCGAAACCCACUCCUGUUUAGAUGUGAGGAUUUGGAAUGUUAUGUGAAGGAGGUAGAUACCGCUAAGGAGAACGUUAUCCUGAUAAACAAGGCAGAUUUGCUGACUUCUGAGCAGCGCCUUGCCUGGGCCUCGCACUUUGAAAAAGAAGGUGUGAAGGUUAUUUUCUGGUCAGCUUUGGAAGAAACCCUUCACUCUAAGGACCAAGAAAACGGUAUUGCUGACGAAGCCAACAGAACUGAGUCUGAAAGCUCCAGUUUGGAUGAGAAUGAAAUUCCCCGCAGUGAUUUGCUCUCACUUAGUGAGGAGUCCGCCAGUGACGAAGGUGGCAGUGAGUAUGAGGACUGUCAGGAGGAAGAGGAGGAAGACUGGCAGACAUGUUCAGAAGAAGACAGCAGCCCUGAGGAAGAGGAAGGCUGUGGUCAGGACUGCAAGGAACAGUGUCCUGCCGAUUCUGAGGCUCAGAACAGAAAAAUGGAAAACCAGCAAAUGAGCAAUUGUAGCCACCUGGUAUCGAAGCAGGAAUUACUGGAACUUUUUAAGAAGCUACACACUGGGAAGAAGGUGAAAGAUGGACAGCUAACUGUUGGGCUGGUGGGCUACCCUAAUGUUGGUAAGAGCUCAACCAUCAACACUAUCAUGGGCAACAAGAAAGUGUCUGUGUCUGCCACGCCUGGCCACACCAAGCAUUUCCAGACCCUGUAUGUGGAGCCUGGCCUCUGCCUGUGUGACUGCCCGGGCCUGGUGAUGCCAUCCUUUGUGUCUACCAAAGCAGAGAUGAUUUGCAAUGGGAUCCUCCCAAUUGACCAGAUGAGAGAUCACGUUCCACCCGUAUCACUAGUUUGCCAGAAUAUCCCACGACAUGUUUUGGAAGCCACCUAUGGUAUUAACAUUAUAAAGCCUGGAGAAGAUGAAGACCCCUACCGACCUCCAACCUCAGAAGAGCUGUUGACGGCCUAUGGAUGCAUGCGAGGAUUCAUGACAGCACAUGGACAGCCGGACCAGCCUCGAUCCGCACGUUACAUCCUGAAGGACUAUGUUAAAGGGAAACUACUGUACUGCCACCCCCCUCCUGGAAGAGAUCCUGUGGCGUUCCAGCAUCAACACCAACAACUCCUGGAGAACAAAACAAAAGGUGAAGAAAUACGGCUACAGCCGGGCAGAAACCAAAAAGCCAAACAGAUUGAAAAUGUAGUCGACAAAACCUUUUUCCAUCAGGAGAAUGUCAGAGCGCUCACCAAAGGGGUCCAGGCUGUGAUGGGCUACAAGCCGGGGAGUGGCCUGCUGAGCGCCGCUGCUCUGAGUGCUGACAAGGUGACUGGGAAGCCCUGGAAAAAGCAUGGCAACAGAAAUAAAAAAGAGAAAAGUCGCAGGCUCUACAAGCACCUGGAUAUGUGAACUUGGCUCAACAGAAACGGCACCUGCACUGUGCAAGCGGACAGAGGCUAAACCACUGCUGCCCAAGGCGCUUUCCGGACACUGACGCUGUGGAGUGCACCUGAAGUCUGGACAGCUGACAGGCAGACUCCGUGGAAGCACCGAUUCUGGCUGCAGUAGUCAGUGAGAUGCCCCGAAGUCUCCAGAAAGCUGAUGGAGUGUAUGUAAAUGUACAUACAAGUGUAUAUUAACUUUGUUUUUGAAAGUUAUUAAAAUUAAUUUGCCACUAA